GCUCGGUCCGCCUCGUCACCCACUCUCACUCUCACGUCGCAUGAUCCAUCGCGUAUCUCGAUGGCAGGACCGCCUUUCUAACGAGAGGAGAGUGAGUGAAGAGGAGCGCGCUUGCCGGAUUGUACUCUCACGCCCCACCUUGCAGUUUGCCAUUUGGCAAUUGAGAUGCAAGCGAGCAUGCUGGCGUCGUCGCCCGCCGGCUACGGCAGCCUCCGCACGGAAGACCAUAGUACGGACGUCAUGAUGAACCUCGAGACGCUCUCCGACACGCCGGACGCGGUCGACGAAGACGAAGAGGACGACGACGAGGAAGACCCGGACGAGUUCAAUGACGUGCCGAUGGUCGACCUCGUCUUUGACGGCAAGAUCAUGGUGGUCAAAUACCGGCUCGAGAACCGACUGUACACCGAGACGGACCUCCUCUCAACGCACUACGACCUCUCGGUGCUGGCGGCGGCGGCCUGCCUCGGCUACAACGAGCUCGUCGAGCUCGUGCUCCAGCACACCAACUACCGCCUUCUGGACCAGUAUGCUUCCGACCCGAUCAUCCAAGCCAUGGAGAACAACCACACGCGCGUGGUGCAGACGCUGCUGUCCACAAUCGGCCACGAGAUGGACCUCUCGAGCAUCCUCAACUACGAGUGCAAGCCCCUCGCGCACGUGGCCGCGGAGAAGGGCUUCAACGAGAUCCUCGAGAUGCUCGUGGCCGCCGGGGCGCCCAUCGACGCUGUCGACGCAGCGGUCGAUGAGUCGCGGAGCGAGACCGCGCUGCACUAUGCGGCGCGCGCCGGCAACGUCCGUGGCGUCGAGAUCCUCCUGGACGCGCAUGCGAGCAUCAAUGCUGUUUCGGCGGACGGCAAGACGGCGGUGGCGGUGGCAGCGACCGAGUGCGACGACGACGACAGCGCCAAGGCGGUGCUCGACCUUCUCUUCAUGGGCGAAGCGACCAUCGACUUGAGCGAGAACGACGACGGUGCCGGGCGACGGGUGCUGCUGGAAGCCGAAGCGCACCUCCGCGCCACGUGCCCCGUCCACUGCAUGGUGCGCAACGGCGACGAGGCCAAGCUGCUGCGCUGGCUGCGCGACGCGAACGCGGCGGUGAUGCUGGCGCCGCACCGCUGGGAAGGCCAGUACCGCCAAGGAGCAGAGUGGCACCCGCUCGGGCUCACGGUCAACGUCGUCGCGCUGCCCCACGAAGGGUGCUAUCGCUUCUUUGGGAGCGACGCCGACGACGUCGGGCCGUUCACCGUCAUUGGCGAGUGGUCGGGCGACGCGAUCGAAGCGACCAAGGCGUACGAGCUGCAAUCGGUCGAGUACAGGGGCGAUAUUGACGUGACCUCGGGCGUCUGGCGCGGCGACUGGAUGGCCGGCAACAGCCAAGACCAGUUCAGCUUGACGCUCUCGCUGCAGCGCUGCCCCGCUUGUAAGGAGAACUGGGUCCCAAACCGCGACGAGCCGUGCUUGAGCUGCCUCCCCGACGGCUACAACGCCGACGUCUCGUUCGACACGAUCGAAGAGCAGCGCCUCCGCCUUGAAGAGGUCCAAGAGCGCAUUGCGGCCGAGAUUCUCCACAAGGACACGUGGGGACGCACGGCUGUCAUGUGCGCAGCGGCCCAAGGCCGGGCGUCGCUUCUUCGCGUGCUCUUGCGCUUCUGCCGCGCCCAGGCGCUCGAGUACACCGACAACGACGGCAAGACGGCGCUGGACCAUGCGCUGAGCCGCAAGCUCGUGUGCAAGCACAACGUCGAGCACAAGAGCAACCAAGCGACGCUCGAGUGCAUCGAACUGCUCGUCGCGUCGAGCAAGACUCCGGUGGAUCCGUCCCGCAUCUCGGCCGCGCUGACAUACAAGCGCGAGCAAGGACGGGCGUGCGCGGGCGACUGCAUUGCGACACGCCAUGAGGUGAGCCUCUCGGAGCUCGCCCAGCAGUACGAGUGGGACCGCCUUGCCAUGCACCUCAUGACGCCCGUGACGUCCACGAUCCUCAACAAGCGCGACACGGAGGGCAAGGCCGUCUUGCACUACAUUGCGAGUGCGGGCAAGUCGGACAUCCUCGUCAUGCUCUUGGAACAGCCGCAUCUCGACGUCAAGCUCCCGACCUUGGAUGGCGAGUAUGCGCUGCUGCUGGCGGCCCGCGCCAACCGUGUCAAGUGCGUGCGCAUGCUGCUGCACGCGGGCGCCGACCCGCUCGAGCUCAUCACGACCGAGCACGUUGAUUACGCCAACUUUUGCAAGGCGCCGUUGGGGCUCCUGAACGACUCGAGCGCGCUCUACCUGCUGCAGGCCAAGCACGAACUCAAGCAGCAGUAUCCCUUGUACUACCUCGCGCGCGUCAAGGACGUGGCCCAAGCGAGCGUGCACUACGCCGCGCAGCAGUCGGCGGUCCACGUUGCUGUCAAGGCGGAGCUCCCGACCUCGAUCCUCGCCGAGAUCAUCGACCAGAGCAUCCACGACGUCAACGCCCAAGACAAGCAUGACGAGACGCCGCUUAUGGUCGCCACGCGCUUGGGCCUCCCAGGCCACGUGCAAGUCCUGUUGGCCAACCACGCCGACGUCGACGCUGUCAACAAUCGCCGCCAAAGCGCGCUCAUGAUGGCGGCGAAGGGCGGGCACAUUGCCAUCGUGGCGAUGCUGCUGGAGAACCUUGCGGACGUCGCACUCCGCGACAGCAAGGACGAGACAGUCCUCGAGAAGCUCGAGACGUACAUCGCGACGCACCUCAAGGCGAUGCCGUUGGAAGCGCUCAUGAAGCACCCGCAUGUCAAGAUCCGCGACGCGAUCAAGUCGGAGAUCCGCGAGCGCCAGACGUCGGCCGAGUACCGCGCCAAGCUCGCCAAGUCGCUCUCGGACGUCAACGUCGAGACGGCGUUCCGGCUCAACGGUUUUGCCAAGGCCAUCAACUGCUCGCCCGAGCUCGGUGUCACGUUUCUCAACGACUGCGUCAGCAUGAACCGCCACGACGUCCUCUUCUCGCACCUCGACUACGUCUACGGCAAGCACGUCACGGGCAGUGCGCUCCACGCGCUGCUCAACAUGGAGACGGACGACCCAGAUCUUAUUUUCGAAGCCAAGUCCAAGUGCUUUGAACACGUGACGAUGCAGCGUGUCCUCGAGAUCAAGUGGGAGCUGUUUGGCCAGCGCACGUUCCUUGAGAUGCUCUUCAUGUACCUCGUCCUUCUUGUGAGCAUGACCAUCUCAGCGGUGCUCUUCCGCGACGAAGACGCGAUGGCGUCGCUGCACGCAACCAGCUUUGAGGUCCUGCUUGGCGUUCUCGCCGUCUCGCUCGCGAGUGUCGGGUACGUGGCAGCGCAGGCGCUGCGCCCACGCACGUUCUGGCGCCUCGCGCGCUUUCACUACGACGGCAGCCUCGACUUUGAUCCGGAGCUUGACAUCCCGGACCUCGAGCGUCACAAGGCGACGGCCAAGCGCCACCUCAAGCUCGGUGUCGCGAUUGGGACGCUGCUUCUCGCUGGGCUUCUCGUCGGGCUUUUGGCGGCGACGUCGACCGUCUCGUCCUUCCCGGUCUUCAACAACGUCGUGUUGGCGGGCACGGCCAUCUACUUUGUCGUAAACGAGUACCAGGAGGCCCGGAACGGCCUCGCCGUCUACCUCGCGUCGACCAUCAACGUCAUCCAAGUGAGCAUGUACAUGCUGAUUCUGGUCGUCUUCUUGCCCAUGCAGCUCAACUGGCUCGACACGCCGGCGCAGAUUGAGAUUGCAGUCGGGAGUGGCAUCACACUCACGCUCUGGAUUCUGAGUCUCCAGUUCCUCGAGGUCGAGGCGAGCGCGAGCUACCUCCUGCCGAUGCUCACGGGGCUGCUAAAGGACCUCUGGAACUUCUUCCUCUUCUUUGGCGUCUUCCAGAUCGGCAUCACAGUCACCUUCUUCCAGCUCUACAAGGCGACCGAGGACGACGGCUUCAACUCGCUCAGCGGGUCGUUCUUGACGUCGUACUUUGUCGCGUUUGGCCAAGUGCCGAUGGACUCGAUGAAGUCGUUUACGAACGACGAGACCAAGGCGAUCGACGGCUACGACUGGAUCUUGUACAUCUUUGCGGUCGUCAUGAUCAUGGCGCACUCGGCCCUCGUCGUCUUCUUCCUCCUCAACUUGCUCGUCGCCAACAUGAACAAGACGGUGGACGGCGGUCUCGAGAAGGCCAAGACCGAGGCGCUUGCAGCGUACGCGCAGUGCAUUCUGCGGCUCGAAGAGGCCAUGCACUACUCGAACGAAGAGACGCAAGAGCUCAUCUACUUCAUCCCGCCGACGCCGACCAGUGACGGGAAGCUCAACCCGAUCUUCCACUUUGCGAUGCCAAAGUCCCACUACGGUAUCACGGCCGAGGCCGAAGACGCGAUCGCUUCGCACAAAGCGCAGCAGACGUCCUGGGUGGACACGGCCAACGACGUCGCGACGCAGAUCCAGGACGCGUUCACUGCAUUUGAAAAUGGGCUUCUCGACGUCGACCACUUCGCUGACGCCAACGCGGCAGCUGUCUUUGCCGCCGACUUGAGCGAAAUCGCACGUACACGCACGCUGCUCGAGAACGUGCAGACGGCGAUGCGCAAGAGCCGCGGCCAGCAAAACCGCAAGGAGCUCCUGAGUCGCUUCCAGAAGAUCGCGACCAAGGACAUGGCCGACCUCGCCAAGAAGCUCCGCCAGCUCUGGUUGCGCUCGGAAGGCGACCACGCGCGCUGCGUCCUUGUCUACGAGCUGGCGCACCACGCGACCAUGACGGACGAGCUCCACGCGCUUCAAGCACGGGUUGUGAAUGCAUUUGAAGCCGCCAAGACGACAGUGGACGCCGACGUCGCGAACAAAGAGGCGACCACCGACCGCCUCGCUGCGCUCGAGACGCAGCUCGCCGAGAUGCAAGCGCGGAUCGCACUGUCCAACGAACAAGCGAUGGCGACGAUGACGGCGCAGUUCCAGACGCUGCUGACGGCCAUGACAGCCAACCAGUAGCUCAGUUGGACGACAUUGGAUGCAACAGACAAUAGUGUACUUUGUGGUUUAAGUGUGCAAAACUGCAUCUAAAUACGGCGACGGAUACAGAAGAAAUGGUCGCG